AUGCACUCCUUCCUCGGGGCUGCGGCCUCCAUUCUGGCCCUCAGUGACUUUGCUGGUCACGCCGUUGCGACCAGAGUUGGACGACCAGCACUUUGUCCAGACAGCUGCGCUAGCUACAACCCAGUCGAUUGGUUCACUUUUCGAAAUGUCCCACAAGUCACUCGAUGCAAUGAGACUAUGCUCCUUGAGUUCAACAUUUUCAAUGACCUGAAUGACCCCCAGGUGCAUUCCACUCUGCAUGUCUGCGCUUCUGGUGACCUCAACAAAUUACAAAAGUCAUCUUCUGUCAAAAUUGCGUCUUCCUCCGUUUCAACCAAGAAAGCAAUUACAUACCAGAUUGGUGCUUGGGGCUCUAGUCCUUCCGAAUCUGGAGGAAGCAAUUAUUCUGAACUUCUGGAUGCUUUGCAAACCUAUCUGACUGGGAACCCACAGAAAUCAGAAAUUUUUGGAUAUUCCAAUCAAGUAACCGCUGGUGUUUAUUUGGGUGGCAGUGUUCAACAAGUUUCCAAUGUUGAAUUUGCCAUUGAAAAACUUCGAAGCUUCCUUUCCGACACCACCUACAGCACUGCUGCCAUUCAAUACUGUGGAUCUAGUUCCAACGAAACAAUUGGUGUGGCGGUUGACCUUAAUGGCGAGAUUCCAACUGUUCAACAAUACGUUCAAAGCUGGCAUGGAGGAAAGUGUCUGUCAGGCUUCGACAAGAGUACAACCGGCAGUACAUCUCUGACAUUCUUGGGUACCCAUAACAUGGCAAACGGAACACACUCAACACAUUCGCGAGUCUCGCGUGGCUCUCAUGGGUCUCACGGUCAUCGCGUAUCUCACGGUCAUCGCGUAUCUCACUCUCAUCAACGCAGAGAUGAUACAUGCACAUACAAAGAAGUGUUUUCCGGGGAUACAUGUGACAAGCUAAUCUCAGACUGCGGAAUUACCUCUGACGAGUUUUACGAGUAUAAUACUGCAUCAGACCUCUGUACGGGACUAGUACAGGGAGAGUACGUAUGCUGUUCCUCUGGUUCGCUGCCGGACUUUUCGCCAUCUGCAUAUUCGAAUGGAACAUGCUACACGUACAGUGUGCAAUCUGGAGACAGCUGUUCUAGUCUAGCCAGUACAUACAGUCUCGCCCAAGCCAAAAUCGAGUCUUACAACAACGAGACAUGGGCCUGGUAUGGAUGUAGCGAGCUACAGGCCGGUCAAAACAUCUGUUUAUCUACAGGCAACCCUCCCUAUCCCCUGCCGAUUGCCAACGCAGAGUGUGGACCUCAGGUUGCGGGAACGGUCUUUAAUAGCACCAAUUCCGGGGACUGGGAGAGCUACAACCCAUGCCCUUUGAAUGCCUGUUGCGACGCCUUUGGCCAGUGCGGUAUUACACCAGUUUACUGUAAUCGCACCUUUGCGGACAAUAACAACCCUGGAACCGCAGCGAAUGGAUCAUACGGGUGUCUUUCAAAUUGUGGAACAACAAUCACAAACUGGGCAGUUCCUCCUUCAAGCUUCUACAAGGUCGGCUACUACGAACCCACUAGUAUGGAUCGAUCCUGUCUCCAGAUGAGUCCGCUCUCAAUUGACACAUCUGUAUUGACUCACGUCAUUUAUGCAUUUGGCAAUAUUUCUUCGGACUUCUCCAUCAAUGUGAAUGGAUAUGAAACAGAGUUUUCGGAGUUCAUGGAACUGAAAGACGUCAAGCGUGUUAUGUCCUUCGGCGGCUGGGAUUUCUCUACCGGGGUGGAUACAUAUAUGAUCUUUCGCGAGGGAACUGCUGCAGCACAAAGAUCCACCUUGGUAGAGAACAUAGUUAACUAUGUUUCUGAUACCGGUCUUGAUGGUAUCGACAUUGAUUGGGAGUAUCCAGGCGAGCCAGAUAUCGCAGGCAUCCCGGCCGGAAGCGAUGACGAAGGAGAUAACUACCUUGCUUUCCUCAAAGCGCUCAAGGCCGCCCUGCCUGACGACAAAACUCUUUCAAUUACGGCUCCGACCUCGUACUGGUAUCUCCAAGCCUUUCCAAUCUCCGAGAUGGCAGAUGUCGUGGACUUUAUUAACUACAUGACCUACGAUCUGCAUGGAAUCUGGGAUGAGGGAAGUACCUGGGCCGACAACGGCUGUACAGCCGGAGACUGUCUAUUCUCCCAUGUCAAUAUGACCGAAACCGAAUGGGCCCUGGCCAUGUUGACCAAGAGUGGAAUUGCCACUAACCAAAUUAUGGUCGGAGUAACUAGCUAUGGUCGUUCUUUUGAGAUGUCUGAGGAAGGCUGCUAUACCUCCAGCUGCACUUGGACUGGCGCAGGAAGAGCAGGAGAAUGUACCGAUACUGCGGGAUACAUUUCGAAUGCAGAGAUCAACCAAAUUCUCCAGACCAACGAGAACUCUAAGGCUUACUCGGAUGGAAACGUGACUGACUUCAUCGUCUACAAUGACACCCAAUGGGUCGGCUAUAUGACCAAUGAUACCAAGACUAAGCGCGCAGCCUGGUACGAGGGCUAUAACUUUGGUGGUACAGCCGAGUGGGCCAUUGACCUCGAGGAGUUUGUGGAUAAAGAUGAGAGCUCGUCCGGUAGCUCAGGAAGUUCAGACAGCUCAGGUGAGACAGCAACACUUACGAUCGAUCCUGAAGUCUGGUCACAGUCAACUCCCGCUGUUACCUGUGCGCCGCCCUGUUUGAUGGUCAUGCCCCCUCUACCUUUGAACUCGCACACCACUAUCUCUUUCCCCCCAUCCAGCGGACAUCUUACUUGGAGCUCACUUGGGUCCUCCUCAUACACCCUCAGAGAUGGAAACGUCACUAUGCUUUCAUAUUACGACAAUAUCCUUGUCCCAUGGGUAUUCAACAUCGAUCCUGCUAACCGAAGCAGAACGGUCGGAGGCUCCACAACCGUCAUCGGUGGCACCUCGAGCGUUAUCCCCGGAUUCGGUUAUUCCUCUGGGAUUGUAACCUACACUACUAGCAAUUACACUGGUGUAUGGGGAGGUACCACAUCCGUCAGCGGUGGAACCACUCAGACUCCGCAGACUUCAACUGUGACACCUUUGGCCUACCCGACAACCACCAACAAGACACCCGACCCGACUUUGAACACUAAGACAACCACCGUGAAAUCGUCUUCCGACUCCUCGAGCUGGGGUCCAAAGGCAACCUCCAGCUCUGAGCAUACAGGCACACUGUGUACAAUCAAUUGCCUUGGAGGCUGCUUGAUCUGUCCUCCGGGUUUUAGUACUGAAAGUGGUGACGAUGGCGGUGACGAUGGCGACGACGACGACAACAACGAUGAUGACAAAACAACCAUUACAGAAAGCGCAUACACAACUACUAUGACCAAAAAUGGCAAGGUAACCACCAUGACCGAAAGCGCCACGACAAAGACCGAGACAAAGAGUGAAUCUGCCACCAGCACCGAGACCACAAGUACGAUCACAGUCGGCAUUGCAGUUGGUACAUACACUGCUUUCGCGGAGUCAAUUGGUGCCAUGGACGCUACGACAUACCCGAUGGCAAGCCUCACAUCACUCGCCUCGCUAAUUGCUAAAGAGUUCUCAUCUCUUUAUUCCGCUGAGCAGUACUCGCUCACAGCGGGUCUGUACACAACAUCCACAUCGACAAAAACCACAUCUACAUCGACUACUUCAUCAAAGACAUCCACAACAGACGCUGCGACUGCCACACCCUCGGAACGAUUCAUUAUCGCUCUCGCUGAAGAUGACAACGAGCUUGGCAACCCAUACACCUGGGAAUUCUUUGAUCCAACAUAUAGCGAGAGCUGGAGCGUGUGUGAUGAUGUAGGUGGAGGUGAAGAGGCACCCUCAUCUGGCGAGGGCCUUCCGGAUGGCACUUUCGAUAUCUCAGUCGAUAUUCACGGUAUGAGUGACUGUGUUUAUGUGGGUACCACUGAUGCUGCGGGCACAUUCACUUGUCCCGAUCUCACAUCUGAUGUGACGUGUGAGAAGAGUCCAGACACAAGCACAGGCACAUGCUAUGAGUUCUCAGCUCCGGUUGAGGUUACUCCCAAGAUUCAAUGCUCUUGGUAG